AUGCCUGCUCUUGAGUUUGCAAGCUCGGUGGGAAACACCCUUCACCACUUGUUGACUGGCUCCUAUACCAACACCACCCUGUUUCUUCUCGCCUUUGAUACUGUUGCUCGCACUUUGACGUUGAACUCCACGGUCCCUGGAUUCGGUCUUCAUCAAUUUGUCACCAGCAAUGCCGCCAAGGACAGGGUCUAUGCCACCGCCAUGAGCGAACCUCCUCAGCUCUUUUCCUGGUCGGUUGAUGAGAACUACAAGUUUACUUAUCUUGAUACUGUCAACAUUACUUCUUCAUCUUGCUACAUUUCCGACGACGGUAACCUGGCUUUCUCUUCUGGAGGUUCAACUGCCCAUAUCCAUGCCCUCACUGAGAAUGGAGGACUCGGCGAAAUGGUCGACGAGCUCUACAUGGUGCCAAAAGAGGAGAUUAAAAACGUCAACAAAACUCGCGCGGCUGUGCUUUACGGUGCUCAUGCUUUUGAUGUCAACGUCAACCGCAAGGGCUUUGUUCCCCAUUUGGGCAUGAACUCAAUCUUCAUGUACGACAUUGCCGAAAAUGGCACCGCUACUCCUUUGUCUAUCAAUCUUAGCCCUUCUGAGGGUGAUGGCCCUCGUAACUCCCUCUCAAGCAAAGAUGGAAAGCUUCUAUACGUGAUGACUGAGCACAACCAAUGGCUUGACGUUUACAAGGUCCAUGACACUCAGCUUGAGCAUAUCCAGCGAGGAAGUGCGAUUCCCGACGAUGUACGAGGCUCCUACACUUUCCGCAGCAACACUGUCCAAAUGUCCCGGGAUGGAAAGUAUCUAUUCACUAGUACCCGCAGCUGGAACAAUACCGAAGUCAACGGAUAUGUCGCUGCAUUCGCUCUGGAUAAACAUGGCAAGCUCAAGAAGGAGAAGGCCGUCACUUUCUACGAGGCACCCGUGACUCUUGGUUCUUCAGGCGGCCUACGAGUUCUUCCAUGGGGUGACGAGACAACUCAAGACCCCAAAGGAAUUAGUGACUACAUGUAUCUUAGCGACACUUCUGAAGGUUGGAUGUUUAUAUUGGGCUGGACUCCUUCGAACCAUAGUCUGGAUGUCGUGGCUUCUCUACACUACCCGGAUAACCAGACUCCCUACGAAGCUACUUGGUUGGACUGA